CCGCGAGAUACCGCCCCCGAUCGGGCGCCCCCCAGAGUGCUGGGAACUGGCCCAGCGCCUACCCUUUCUGGCCCCCGCAGCCCGGCGAGCUGCAAGUAACCUUACUGGAAUAGAAGUCAGAGCCCUGUGCUCGUCCCCCAGUGGCAUCACAUCUCACUCAGGAUAAGCAGCCAAGUCCUUACCGUGGCCGGAGCAGAUCUGGUGCCCAGCUCCGAGCUCCUCUCCUGCCUGGGGAUGUUGGAAGAACAAGGCAGAAGGAGCACAUCCCCUCUGCAUGACGGGGCCACCAGCCAGCCGUGACACAGUUCUCUCCCGUUUCAGCCGUUGUUCGCUUGGAUCUCUUAGAGCCGCCACACCACAUCCUGUCUGUGAGGCAGUGAUGUUUACCCCUAGCCCUGGAGGCCGAGCAGGAGUUGGCACUAGAAGCUCUGAGGGGGGCAAGCCUGAGGGAUGCAGAGAAGUGUGGGGCGGCCGGAGUGCACAGGGGAGAGCGGAGACAUGGGGCUGGAAGACGCUGGGCCUUCGCAGCUCUGUCCCAGUGCCCUAUAAGGACUGCCAGGCCAUAAUGAAAGUUCUCUUACUGAAAGACGCCAAGGAGGAUGACUGUGGCCAAGAUCCGUACAUCAGGGAAUUAGGAUUAUAUGGACUCGAAGCCACUCUGAUCCCUGUUUUAUCAUUUGAGUUUUUGUCUCUUCCCAGUUUUUCUGAGAAGCUGUCUCAUCCUGAAGGCUAUGGAGGACUCAUUUUUACCAGCCCCAGAGCAGUGGAAGCAGUGGAGCUGUGUUUGGAGAAAGACAAUAAAACGGAAGUCUGGAAACAUUCUCUGAGAGAAAAAUGGAAUGCUAAGUCAGUGUAUGUGGUCGGAAAUGCUACUGCUUCUCUAGUGAAUAAAAUCGGCCUGGACACAGAAGGAGCAAACUCUGGAAAUGCAGAAAAGCUUGCAGAAUACAUUUGUUCCCGGGAGUCACCAGCAUUGCCCCUUCUGUUUCCCUGUGGAACCGUCAAAGGAGAAAUUCUGCCGAAAAUGCUCAAGGAUAGAGGGAUCCCCAUGGAGAGCAUAACUGUCUAUCAGAAGAUCCCACACCCAGGAAUCCAAGUAAACCUCAACAGCUACUAUUCUAAGCAGGGCGUUCCAGCCAGCAUCACGUUCUUCAGUCCCUCCGGCCUUACGUACAGCCUCAAGCACAUUCAAGAGUUAUCUGGUGACAGCAUCGAUCGAAUUAAGCAAAGACAGAGGACGCAGCACAUCAGCAACCACGCGAUAAGCAGUAAGCCGCAGCCAAUGGCGAUCAUAACCUCCACGUCAGUGGCCAUCGUCAGAGCGUCUCACACACCUGCGCAGAGAAGUGCGGGCAGGCGGUGACUGCGGCCUCCCUCCCCCAGCCCCCUCGCGACCUCGGCACACGUCCUUCUGUGGGGAAGCAGAAGCCCCAAACCACAGAGCCUUCCACGUGUAAGCGUGUGUGACUGCUCCCGGGGAGGCCUGGGGGCCAAGGCUGGCCAUGGGGGACAGGGAAUUGCUUCGCAGGUGUUGAGUGAGUGAAAUGCAAAGUCCAGAGUUAAGGAAAUCAGAAGAUCAGGGAGUGGGAAGACUUUUUCUCCCAUUCACGGGCAGAAGGGUGCGGCUGUAAGUCACACCCAGGCCUGCUCUUGGACAGGUUGUUUCCAAAAACCUGGGCCUUUGAGAUCAAUCCAUAGUCAGAGGCAGAACUCAUCCCUGUGUAUCAGGCUCAGAAAUCUCCCAUGGGAAUAAUUAAGGGAAAGUCUCUUUCAAAAUGUUAUGCUGUGUGAAGCUGAGAAUAUGCAACCCCAUAUUGUACAGACAUGUACUUCAGCGCGGAAAAAAGUCUUCAGUCCUUCCACUGACAGCUGGAUCAUGCCAUCUCAGCAUUUAAGAUUUGAAGCUUCCAGCCAAAUCCUUCCCCAAGAACAGAUGAGGAGUGCCCAGCACAGACCAGGAACCAGCUUCUCUAGGAGCCCCUGUACCUCCUGUCUGUAUUGUAGACCACCUGCUUUUCUCUGCCAUUUUUUCUCCUAAAUCUGAUUUCCUUAAAAUCCAAUUUACCUGGAAUAAGCAAUUUAAUUAAACAGUGGGAACCUUGUGACACCAGUCAGGCUACUCAGAGGUUUGGAAAUAAUCAGGAGAAGAAUGUUCCGAGAGAAGGGUAAACAAUCCCUGGGCCCAGGUGUCCCGAGCCAGUAUGGAGAAAAGACCAAUGUUAGGGAACAAGGCCCUUCCGUCAUAAAGCCCUAGCGGGUCCCCCUGCCAUCUUUACAGAGUGCUGCCGUGCACGUUUAAAGACCUGACUUUCAGAAGCGCCGUCUUCUGCCAGAGCUCGCAGGAUGGACAGGCCCUGACUUGGUCUUUCAGACCCAGCAGAACUCAGGCUGUGUGACAUCAACUGUCAGGACACCAGCACUCAACCACAGAGUUCUCAAUUCUGCUCCGUGUUCGGAACGUUAGCCUCCCAGGAAAGACAGUGCCUAGGUGGCAUCUUGAAUAAUUUUGUUCUAAAUCAUGCACCUGUGAAGGUUUUGGUUUCCCCAAGAGAAAACAUUUAGGAUUAUCUUCUAAUUGAAACACAGUUUGAUGGGACGCCUGGGUGGCUCAGUUGGUUGGACGACUGCCUUCGGCUCAGGUCAUGAUCCUGGAGUCCCGGGAUC